UGCGAGCAGCAUCAGGGCAGAACACCAGAAAUCCCACCAUAGUUAGUCCUGCAUAACUGCUUCUGCACAGUUUAAACGACGUAAGUGAAGCGCAGCUGCUACUCACCUGUUUCAGUCCUCUCAAGAUGUCCUCAGAUAUUUGUGGUGAACCAGAUCUAUCAAAGAAGGUGAGAUACAGCAGAAAGGAGCAGGAGGACAGAGGAGAGUGGGAGCAGAGGGAGGUGGAUAUCUACGAGAGUACAGACGACAUAAGAGACAAUGACACCAACUUUCAGGCACAUGAAGGUGGACCACAGACUCAGAGUCCUCCUUCAGUCCAGAAGGGCUCUUUCAGAUGUGCUACACUGGGUCUAAGAGUGCUGUGCCUCCUGAUGUUAGCUGGGAUCAUCAUCCUGUCCAUAUGCUUUGGUUGGAACAAGAGUGAAUAUGACAAACUGCACAACAGUUACAUCCAGUUCCAUGACAAAGUUUUAGACAACAUGAGUCAGCUGCAGAGCAGUUAUGAUACGCUGAGUGAAAACAACAGCGACAUACAGGAAGAAGUGAAGAAGCUGAAGGAGAAGAUUAAAGACGUGACAGGCAACAUGAGUCAGUUACAGAGUCGUUAUGAUAAACUGAGUAAAAACCACAGUCAGCUACAGGAAGAAGUGAAGAAGCUGAAGGAGAAGAUAGAAGAGAAGUGUCCCAAAGGAUGGAAGAGGAGACUUGGAUGCAGCUGUUACAUUAAAUCCUGUGAGAAAAAGCUUUGUGAUGAGAGCUGGAAAGCCUGUCAGUAUAAAGGAGCUGAUCUGGUGAUGAUAAACAGCAAAGAGGAACAGGUUCUGGGCAGCAGGACUGCAGGAUCAGAGUUCUGGUUACUCUGCACUGUACCAUGAUGACCGUGGGAAAAGUUAUGGAUGCAAUUGUAGUUAUAUUUCUAAGACACUGAUAUGUGCUUUGAGUGAUGACAGAGGGAUGUGAGAUGUAAAUGUUUGAAUAAUCCAACCAAAGACACCUCACUAUGAAAUGUCCUGCAUGAGCCUCAGACUCAGCUCACAGUUGUUACUUGUUCAUUCUGCAUCAUAUAUUGAUUACAUAUAUUACAUAUUAUCACCACAUUGUCAGUGUUGGGUUAUUACUCAAAAAAGUAAUCUAUUACACAGUACUCUUUACUUUUCUGAAAAGUAAUGUAUUAUGUUAAUUACUCAAAUGAGAAAGUAAUCCAUUACACUAAUUGUUACAUUACUUUCUUCUUACUCUGAACAAAUUGCCACAUAAUCACCAGUUAACAAUAAAAACCUUGGUCUACAGUCCCACUCACCAACCCUAAUGAGGACACACAUGCAAGCUUUGUUUUACUGUUUGCAUUUGAACACAAAAGUUUGAAUCCAGCACAAAGAGACUUUAAAGUGAUCGCCAGAGUGAUCCUACUUAAGAAACACAAACAGGUAGAAACACAGGGUGCUCAUCAGUUUGUUAGCUGUUGAAGUUCUGGGUCUGGCUGCUGGGCUGGGCUUGCAUUCAAUCAGCUUCACUCUUGGUUCUUGGCCAGCUUGUUUGGAUGCUAUCUGUGGAGAUGUCAGCAAAGACACAAAGUUCCGUUAAGAAUAUAAUGUAGUUAUUUCUGUUCUGGAUGCAGUCUGCACUUUACUAUCAAGCUCAUGUCCUUUUGUGCAAUAAAAAUAAAAGUCAUGUCCAGAUCUCCACUCCUGAAAAGUUGUAUUGCUGUGCCACUAUUUUCCUGCUCCCAUACUGUAACAGUUGGCUAACUAAAUAUAAGGAAAACAUAUCUAAUUUGAGAAGAUGCAGAGUAUAAUAAAAUAAAUAAAAAGAAGCUGCCAGCACAGUGAGAUAAUUAUGAACACAGGACCUGCUUGCUGUAAGGCAGACAUGCUAAUCACUGCACUAACUUCUUGCCCAUGAUGUAAUUUUUGAACAAAAAAAAGUCCAACUGUGGGAAUUGUUUCUUGAAGGACGAAUGAGCAAGAUCGGGCUUGGUGAUAGAGUGGUUAACAAUUUUGCCUCACAGCAAAAAGGUAUCGAGUUUAAUUCCACCAUCAGACCAGGAUUGAUGGAAAUGGUUGUAAGAUGCAACAUCAUGGUGUUAUAAAUUAGCCUAAUAUGCAUGCAAAGUAUCUAAAUAAGAAACAAAUGCCAUACAUUCUCAAAAAAAAGAUUAUUAAUCUUAUUCAUUGUGCUCUUGCUUAGUAUAUUGUUUUCUCUUUGUAACACAUUGCAACAAAUACUGCUCAUAAUAAUGUUACUGUUACAGUAUUUCUUUUUGAAAUAUUUGUAAUUAUUUUGAAAAUUCCCAUUAUUAACUAAAUAUAUCAACUGGAAUGCAAGAAAGGAAAACAGAGUUGUGAUGGUGUAUCUAUGAUGCCUUUACAUUGUGUUGCAGAGAUCAAUUGACGUUAGCAUCCUCUGACUAACCAGCUAAUGCAGCCUGUACACUCAUGUAAUACCACUUUGUACCACAAGAUGGUACAGUGAGUCAGCAUCUUUUCUGCACUGAGAUCAAAUUUGUAUAGUUGUUUUUUUGUAUUAGGUCAGACCACAAGUGUGUUGUUCUUUUACAAUAAACAGCAAGAAUCAGAAAGUGUGUUUGGAUUGACAACAACUGUGAUGACACAUUAUAACCUGUUAUUAAAGUUCU